CACACCACCGCCGGCCGAAUAACGGAGCUAGGUGACUACUUGACCUCGUCGCCCUCAGGUACUACGGUCAAAUUCCGAUUGAAUAUCGCCCGGGAGGAUGGAUGCAGAGACCGGGGCCAUUUUGGCCCUUCAAAUAUUGGCUCUCUGUUCGAUUGUCGCUGCCCUGUUGGCUUAUUUGAUGCGGCAAUCGAGGAACGCAACCGACGAGUACGAGACCCGUAACAAACGUCACGUGCUGGUUACCAGCUGCGAUACCUGCGUGGGCCUACAGAUCGCCCUUGCACUCUACGAAGUCGGCUACAAGGUGUUUGCCGGUCUGCUUGAUCCCUCUGGCAAUUCACCGUCGAUCAAGAUUUUGCGGGCGAUGGAGCAGCAGAAGGAGAGGGAGGAAGAUCCGGUGGACGCGGCUCAGGGCAAUCCGCAGGAUCCGGAAGUACGUGCUCGCGGCCAAAUCGUGCCAUUGGAGCUGGACCCGACCAGGGAGGACAGUUUACGCGCUUGUUUGGACGCAGUUAGAGCGAAACUUCCGGCCGGCGAAGACGGUCUCUGGGCAGUCGUGCACACCGGCGGCCAGGCUCUUCCUGGUAUUAUUGAGAGGCAGCCGAGUUCCGCGUGGGAAUCCAUGUUGCGACACAAUUUGGUCGCACCGCUUAGAACUGCCAGGGUCUUCAUUCCUCUCUUGCGGGCGAAAAGAGGUCGCAUCGUUCUUUUCGGAGAUUCCGGGACAAGCUAUGGUACCAAAGCCGGGACCGGGCUGGUGGCGUACAGCGCCUCCAGAAAGGCCGUGGAAGGGGCCGCGGAGGCAUUAAAAAGCGAGCUCCAGUCCUCGGGGGUCGACGUCGUUCUUCUUAAACCGCCGCCCGUGAAUCCUCUUAUUCUUUAUAGCGCGCCCGUUCUGAAGACGUCUGAUGUGGAGUCCGGGAUAUUUUCAUCGGAAGGAACAUGGACAGCUCCGGUGUCGACCCAUUCCAUUCAGAAUUCGCUAAUCCCGGCGCUGACGUCGCCUUGUCCACGUGGCUCGUACGACAUGGCGGCUAAAACGAGACUUUUCUGCCAAUGAACCAGGCCCAGUCACGAAUACCGUAAUCGUUGUGUACAUGACUUAUUGAAAUGCCGUGUUAGGUUACAUAUCCAGCCAGUAAUACUUUGUAAGAGUGAUAUGGUUAAGAACGGA